AAUGCGUUCCUGUAAGUGUCCUCAACAAGUAGGGAAGUAGGGCUAAAAUUGAACAGAUUGUGUUGCUCACCGUUUUUGUGGAGUGUGUUCCUGUCGGUCGAGUACGUACUGCUGCUCUCUCGAACCUUCACCCUCCAGAUAACCAGCACAGAAGCACAGAACAGUUUUCUCCUCAGUCUAAAAGAUGGUGGUUUUGUCCAAAGAGUACGGCUAUGUGGCUCUAACCGGAGCAGCAUCGUUUCUCCUGAUGUUUCAUCUGUCUCAUGCUGUGGUGAAAGCUCGGAUUAAAUACAAUGUCCAGUAUCCGACAAUGUACAGUGAUGAUCCAGAGACUGGUCACAUAUUCAACUGUAUCCAGCGAGCACAUCAGAACACCGUUGAACUCUUGUCGCCAUUCCUGUUUCAUUUAUCCGUGGGAGGGAUUCAGCAUCCCCGCCUGGCCAGCGUGUUGGGAAUGAUCUGGAUCGUCAGUCGGGUGCUGUACGCUCAAGGAUACUCUACCGGAAAGCCCAAGAAGCGCCACCGUGGGUUGUUUGGUAUGGUUGCUUUGGUGGGUCUGUUUCUUUGCACAGUGAACACUGGGAGAACGCUGCUCGGAUACAACUGUGGAAUGAAAUGGGUCAAAUUGCCCAAAUAUUUUAAAUAGUGAAAAUUAUGUGUACUAUUCUAAUUCUACAUUCUAUGAAAAUGGCAAGAUAAAUAAACACACCUUUAUUUUCUCUGUUGUGCAAAUUUAGAAAAACACUAAUAUCUCACUGUAAGAAUCCAGUGUGUUCAUUUGUGUUUUCAAUAAACUGCACAAAAAUGACAAA